AUGCAGCUACGUGUUCACAACUUAAUUGGAUCACGGAGCGUUUGCCGUAAGCAACUUCUGGAUGAAGACAUGGAUCAGUUGAGUGAUCGAGGAAAUCCCGAUGAUCUAUUCAGUACCGUCGCCGCAUCGAUGGACGACAAAAGCGGCCGCCGCCCCGUUUUCCAUGCGAUCAAUGCGUGCAUUUCGCGCCCGAAACUACCUCCUGAAUUGCUCGUGAUGUCAACCGAUUAG